AUGGAGCCCAUGUCCUCACUGAACGACAGUGUGCCGCCUCAUAUAAAUGGCCAUUAUCACUCUGGUUAUGGAGAAGCCAUCACAUCUGAACACGUCACCAGUCAACAGCGUUACAACACUGGCAGAAAUAAAAGCAAAGUUCGUCUCAAUGACCAGCUCAUACCAAAACCAACUGAUCUAAAUAUAGCGGAGAAAAUGAUAAAGAUUGCCACUCCAAAAGAGCAUCCCUAUUCAUCCCACAUCUCCAAGUUUGCAAUGUUCCCAUCCUUCCACCCUCCAGAUGACCCCGACACAGGAGUCAGAGCUGCUUCCCAAACCUUCCUCCACCCCCACGUCCCAAAUAGCGCACCGGACGUCACUCUGCUGAGCAAAACUAUAGGCAGCCCAUACAGACACGAGGUCUUGAGGACACCCAUGAAAACCAGGAAGAAAGCUGUUAUGUGGCCCGGAGAACACGGCUUCUUUGAUCAUACAAAGCCACUGAAGGGACACACCCAGGUCUUCUACCCCACUCCUCCAAAGACAGUGCAGCCCAACCCUAAACUUCGUGACUGGGAUUUAUCGUUAUCUGAGCGGACGAGCAACAUGCUGAAAAAUUUGGAAAGGACACACUGGGUCACCUCCUACCAAAUGCACCACACAGGAUCAGGGCCUGCAAAUCCUCUUAAGAUAGACGACUUCAAGGAAAAAUUGAAUGACAUCACCGGGGCGAAUUCACACACUGCACCACUGAGAGAAAGGUCCUUUCCUGCAUUUGUUCCCUCUAAACCCAGAGGAGGAAGUAGAAGAAGACAGGGGAGCACCUGCAGUACCGCUGCUGCUGAACUCCCAAAUCUAUCUCCAGCUCCAAACCAAGGCACUGUUUCAGCUACUAUGAACCAACACAGGCCACAGGAGAUCACAGCUAAGCUUAAUGAGGCACCAGAUCCAAACCAAAGGGGUCAUAGUCAAUCAAAGUACAGCUCUGGCUCCACAGAAGCACAGAGCACCGAGCUGUCCCAGGAGGUCUUACACAAACAACAAACUGAGAGCAAAAGCUCUGCGCACGAGGGCAGGGAGAGAGAAAACUGCAGAGUCCAGUUUUAUGAAAGUCCAAUGCAAGUAUCAGUGUCACACAGCAGCCAAGAGGCUAACGCUGCCACAGAGCAACCUCUAGAACUGAACCACCGCCCACUUUCCCAGGGAGAGAUGGAGGUCAACAGGGAGAAAAGCCUGUGUGUAAAGGAUGAACCCAGCAGCACAAAGGAAUAUUUUAAAGCUGGAAAAAAUGUAUGUAGCAUUAGUCCGUCAUCCAUCGCCAAAGACCUAGCAGGUAUUGAAUCUCAUGCUGAGUUAUCAUCAAGGGCAGCGUCAGAGCAGGGGAAACUGGUAAAGAGCAGAGAGCUGCCACAUAGUCUCUGUAACCCCUGCAUCCUGCCGAGGCCUCCUGUCCUGCCUGGCAUUCACCCGGUGGACAGAUUUGGGACUGUGGGUGGGGAAGCCACAUCUCUCAGCCUCCGGGACCUUCAAAAUUCAUUCAGUAAGUCAAAGGCCCAUCACGACUUUAACAGCUCCAUCACACGUGCUGCUGUGAACCUGAGAGACAAUGUCGUCACAGGGAGAAAACACGACUUCUAUGGGAUCAACUGUUACUACCUGCAUGGAUAACCUGACGGACAUUUUUACAGCCUUGAAGCAAAGAUUAUUGUCCUCCAACCACUCAAAGCGCCUUUACACAACAUGUCAUAUUCACACACUGGUGGCUGAGGCUUCUAUACAAGAUGUCACGUGCUUCUCAGUUUUAAACAGUCACACACACUCAGUGGACCAUUAGUAGACGACCUGCUCUAUCUCCUGCACCAUAAAAAAUAAUAGUCGUAAUGAUUUUAAUCUUUGAAGCAAGCGAAUAAAGUUUAACCACCACUGAAUAAUUUAAUGUUGAAACUUUUCAGAGCUGCAUUGUGAAAGCGAGACUUACAGGGAACCAAUCCAAAUGCGGAUGAUGUAAUUAUUCUGUAGCCAUUACACUGUGCAAUCAACAUUCAGUUUAUAAGUUAAAGUAAAAUUUGUCAUUUUCUACUCUAACACAGCAUUUAUAGCAUUGAAUUGUGAGAA